ACUUAUGGCCAAAGCAGGUAAACCGGCGGGAACACCUCACAACGACUCAGGAAGAACUAUUAAGAUUUACGAUCAGAUUCAAUGGCCACAGUCAUCCCACCACCGCCCAAGAAGAAGGCCAAGUUCGAGAAGUUGAAUGCAAACACCCUGAACGAUGCGAUAUUACCUUCAUUCCCGAACAUAAUCGUCCAGUUGAAGGAUGGAAGGACUGGCAAGCCUAUCGGAUCGAGCAUCUCACUGCCCAGCAAUACCGACAAACGUGGCCUCGAACUACUCGUCAACCAGCUCAAGAAAGACCAACGAGCCAAGAAACCCAAGCUCAGCCAUCAGGAGCGGAAACAACUGGCCGAGGAAGAGAAUGACGACCAGCAGGACGAUGAUGAUGAUGAUGAAGCUGAUGUGAACCUUCCCUGGAGCUUCUCGUUGACGUUAAAGAAACCCCUACCACCAAAGCUGCCAUCUGGCCCGGAAGUGCCAUCUCCAGAGGAAGAAGAAAUUCGGAUCCCAAUCUACGAGUCCCUAUCAAAAGACUUAUUAAUAAAUCACUCAAAUUUAAUCUCCACUGAAGAUAUCUUAGUGAUAGACUGUGAACCUGAAGCGAUUUUUAGAGUUCGUGAGGUGAGAAGAUGUAGCAGUAGUUUAGCCGGCCAUUCUGCCCCGAUCCUAUGCGCCUCAUUUUCGCCGACGGGGACAUAUUUGGCAACGGGAUCUGGCGAUAAUACCUGUCGAUUAUGGGACCUUUCGACGGAGACCCCAAAAUUCAGUCUAGCCGGUCACACAGGCUGGCUAUUGUGUGUUGAAUGGGACGGAUGCGAGCGGUUGUUGGCGACGGGCAGCAUGGACAAGACAGUGCGGAUAUGGGAUCCACUGACGGGGAAACAGAUGGGCACGCCCCUUAAAGGACAUUCGCAGUGGAUUACCAGUCUAGCAUGGGAGCCAAUCCAUCUGAAUAGCGAAACCACUCGACUCGCAAGUUCCUCUAAGGAUGGUACCGUGCGUGUCUGGAAUCCACGUACCGGUAUGACUCAAUUCGCCCUAGGUGGACACACCGCUAGCGUCAACGCCGUCCGGUGGAGCGGCCAAGGGAUCUUGUUCACUGCCUCCUCCGAUCGGACCGUCAAAUGCUGGGAUGCCAAGGACGGUAAACUGAUCCGAACAUUGAAUGAGCAUUCUCAUUGGGUCAACACGCUAGCCUUGAAUACAGACUAUAUCCUGCGCACCGGUCCAUUCGAUCCGAAGGACACCGCCAAGCCUAAAUCAAACGAAGCCGCCAAAGAAGCCGCCCUGAAACGAUACUCAUCCUUUACCUCCCUCGCUCCCGAGCUGUUGAUCUCCGGUUCAGAUGACCACACUCUUUUCCUGUGGCCAUCAUUGGACUCUGCUACUCCCAAAAAACCACUCGCUCGUCUAACCGGUCAUCAAAAACAAGUCAACCAUGUCGCUUUUAGCCCCGAUGGAAAAUUCCUCGCAUCCGCUAGUUUUGAUAACCAUAUCAAACUAUGGGAGGGUAAGACUGGAAAGUUCAUCGCUACGUUGAGAGGGCAUGUUGCGCCUGUUUACAGACUCUCGUGGAGUUGCGACUCUAGACUAUUAGUUAGUGCAAGUAAAGACUCAACUCUUAAGCUAUGGGAUCUCAGAACACACAAAAUCAAAGUCGAUCUACCUGGUCAUACUGAUGAAGUAUAUUGUGUGGACUUUGUGGCUGACAAAGUGGCGAGCGGUGGGAGGGACAAAGUCGUGAAGAUAUGGAAGAAUUAGUGGAAGCAUUCAAGCUCUACACAGCCACCUAAUUUUGGAUUUCUGUUUUGGCAAGAGGCCUUUGCCAAAUAGACUUUAUCUGCAGCCUGUUUUGUCUGACAUCUUUCUUGGCUGGCGCUCAGCUUUUAACAUCAAAAAAUUGACAGCUCAAAAGUUCAAUUCAACUCAUUUUUUUAACCAAGUAUCCUCUGGAAUUGCAAGAAUUCAUUUUUUUAGUACUUGCUCUGCAUUUUUGAAAAUGAAAAAUCGGGCGGAAUGGCACACAUGCAGGGAAUUCC